AUGGAUGAACAUGCAUCUAGUAUUAUUGAGGAAGAAGGUUUUCAUUUUAUGAUGAAGUAUUCUAAUAUUUCAUAUGAGAAAAUUAGUCGGAAGACAUUGAAGAAUGAUUGUAUUGCUGUUUAUGAAGCUGAAAGAAAAAAGUUGAAGUCUACUUUAAGGACAAAACGCAUUCUUAGUUUUGUUCAUGUUCCUCCUCCUCGGCGUGGUGUUGAUAUUGUUGAUGCUAUCUUCAAAUGUCUUAAAGAUUGGGGUAUUGAAAAUAAAAUAUUUAGUGUGUCAGUGGAUAAUGCACAUUACAACGAUAGAUGUUUGAAAGAGUUAAAAAUUCUGAUUUUAAGGCACCGGAAAUUAGUGUUAGAUGGAAAGUUAUUUCAUGUGCGUUGUUGUGCGCAUAUACUAAAUUUGCUUGUUCAAGAUGGUAUUGGGAAAAUAGCAAAAAUAGUUGAAGACGUGCGUGAAAGUGUGAAGUUCAUCAAUCAGUUUGAAGCAAGGUUGCAAACAUUCUCACAAAUAGUUCAACAACUAAAGCUUGGUGGUAAAAAAUUAAUUCUUGAUUGCCCUACUCGUUGGAACUCCACCUAUCAAAUGUUGUCAGUUGCAAUGCAGUUCAAAGAAGUCUUCCCUCGUUUUCAAGAUCGAGAACCAAGCUAUACAACUCUUCCAGAUGAUGAUGAUUGGGAAAAGGUUGAAAAAGUUUCCAAGUUGCUAGAGGUAUUUAAUGUUGUUACAAAUAUUAUUUUAGGUAGUGAAUAUCCAACUGCUAACUUAUAUCUUGCUGAGGUAUUUCGAAUCAAACUAGUUUUAGAUCAAGCUAUCCAAGAUGAAUCUGAUUUUAUGAAAGAAAUGGCAAAAGCGAUGAAGGGAAAAUUUGACAAAUAUUGGAGUCAAUGUAAUCUUGUUAUGUCGCUUGCUUCUGUUUUGGACCCUAGGAUCAAAAUGAUGGGUGUUAACAUGUGUUUUCCCUUAAUUUAUCCGGAAGUUGAAGCUAGAAAAAAUAUAGAAAAUGUGCGUAUCACGCUUGAUGAUAUGUACAAAGAGUAUGCUGAUAUACUUAGUGAGCAUAGUGAAGAAGGAUCUAGUAGAAGUGGUGUUGAUCAAAAUGAGCUUAUUUUGGAGUCACAAAAAUCCUCAGGGUGGUCAUUGUUAAUGAAUUAUGUCGAAGAACAACAAGCAAUUCCUGCUGUAAAAUCUGAAAUUGAAGAGUAUUUGAAUGAGCCAACUUACAAACCUAAAGAUAACGGCCAUAUGUAA